AGACAGAAUAAUUGAAACCCACGAGGUCCCUGCUGCAAAACGGACAGCAGCCCGCUGCCAUAUUUUUAACGCUCGCGGCACGCUCCCCCAAAAUCGCGACUCCCGGAGUUCCCCUCCACCACCUCGCCAUGCCCAAAUGUCCCGACACCGCCUCACCGCCGCCAUCGCUGCAGUGCUGCUCCUCUUCUCGCCGCCGUGCAACGCCGACCCGGAUGACGAGCGGUAAUACGCUCCCCCAAAAUCGCGACUCACGCAGUUCCCCUCCACCACCUCGCCAUGCCCAAAUGUCCCGACACCGCCUCACCGCCGCCAUCGCUGCAGUGCUGCUCCUCUUCUCGCAGCCGUGCAACGCCGACCCGGAUGACGAGCGGUGCCUGUCGAGCCUCCACCAGUCGCUGACCGACCCCUCCGGCGGCCUCCGAAACUGGACCAAGGCCGCCUUCUCGGCGCCCUGCGAGGGCUUCAUGUCCCACCUUCAGGGUGUGACCUGCAACAACGGCCGCGUGUACAAGCUCGCCCUCCCGGGCUUCUCCCUCGGCGGCGCCAUCCCUCCGGAGCUCUCUAACUGCACCAACCUCCAGUCGCUGGACCUCUCCUCCAACGCGCUCUCCGGCGCCAUCCCUCCGGAGCUCUCCGCCCUGCUCAACCUCGCCCUGCUCAACCUCUCCGCCAACCGCCUCUCCGGUGCCAUCCCGCGGGAGCUCGCCGGCUGCGCCUACCUCAACGUCAUAGAUCUCCACGGCAACCAGCUGUCCGGCCCCAUCCCCGACGAGCUCGGCCUCCUCGUCCGCCUGUCCACCUUCGACGUCUCCUACAACCACCUCUCGGGCCCCAUCCCUGUGCUGCUUGCCAACCGCACCGGCGCCGGCACGGCAGCCAUCGGGACGGCGAGGUUCAAUGCCAGCUCGUUCGUGGGGAACAAGGACCUGUACGGGUACCCGCUGCCGCCGAUGCGGACGCGGGGGCUGUCCGUGCUCGCCAUCGUCGGCAUCGGCCUCGGCAGCGGGCUGCUCAGCCUCGUGCUGAGCUUCUCCGCCGUCUGCCUGUGGCUCCGCGCCACCGAGCGCACCGCCGCCACGCCUGGCGAUGAGGGCAAGAUCUCCCAGCUCAUGCCGGACUACUGAAACCCAACCCAACAGAGCAUCUGAGCAGGGCAUUGAGCAAAGAUUCCAUCUUGGACUUGAAGGUCCCAAUUAAACUGCAGAUGAUACAUUUUGGGUGGGUUCAUGGAGCCAAGAUUGGAUCCUGGAGCAGGAUAAGAUCAGAGCAGACAUCUUCUUGCUGCAGUCUGUGUGUGUCAGUAGUGGAUCUGAUCUAAUUCGAGACUAAACUUGCUCUUGUUAAUAACUGAUGAUUUUUCUGGAUUUUUUUACUUGGACUGUUUGGCAGAGAGGGCGUGCGCGUGCGUUAGGCAACUGAUAAUGACUUGGACUUGUGUUUAUACUGGAGAAUAUUUUUCACCAGGCAAUAGGUUCUGCUGGCUUUGGAUGCAGCAUCUCUUUAAACAUUGUUAGACGAACUACUAGAUUAGUUGUUUAUGUUAUUAUGCUACAGUAUUCUGAUCA